GGAAAUUCAGGCUGAGCUUCAAGUCCUUGCAGGGUGUUGGCAUCUGUCACCACCAUGGCCAGGAGAGGAGACAGGACCAUGUGGCUGUUCCCUGCUCUGCUCCUCUUCCUCCCAGGCUUCUCCACUGCUCAGGAUCCAAUCACAGGACCAGACAUGGUGAGAGGUCAGGAGCAUGGCUCCUUGACUGUGCGGUGCCAUUAUGAUUCAUCCUGGAACAAUUAUAAGAAGUACUGGUGCCGAGGAGCUGAUUGGAGUACAUGUGAGAUCCUCAUUGAAACUGAUACAUCAGAGCAGUUGGUGAAGAAGGACCGUCUGUCCAUCAGGGACGACCAGACCGACUUCAUUGUCACAGUGACCAUGGAGGACCUGAGGAUAAGCGAUGCUGGCACUUACUGGUGUGCGAUUGAGAGAACUGGAUAUGAUCCCCAUUUUGAAGUUAAUGUGAACAUUGACCCAGAAACUUCAACUAUAAUAAUGACAGCCAUGACUCCAGUUCUGACAUCCACACCAUCAACCACCAUGUCCCCAGUUCUGACAUCCACACCAUCAACCACCAUGGCCCCAGUUCUGACAUCCACACCAUCAACCACCAUGGCCCCAGUUCUGACAUCCACACCAUCAACCACCAUGGCCCCAGUUCUGACAUCCACACCAUCAACCAUGGAGAACACUGGCAACUAUGAAGAGACCCAUACCAGCACCCUUACCUGGUCCCUGCUGAGCAGCAUCUACUUCCAGCUCCUGGUCUUUGUGGAGGUGCCCCUGCUCCUGAGCAUGCUUAUUGCUGUCCUCUGGGUGAACAGGCCUCAGAGGUGCUCUGGGGGAGGUGAAAUUGGCCUGCUGAAGGUCCACAGUUCUGAUGCCUGGUACAGAGAGAAAUACCUCCAUAUUCAUUACCCCCCAGCUCCUCCUUUUCUUAUUGCUCAACUUGCUGCCUUGUUGGCAGACUUUCACCAUGAUGUGUCUGGCUAUUCUAGAGGCCGUGGAAGGAUGGAAGACAAGGGGGCAAAAUGUGUGCCUGAGGCCGGAAGGGACCUGGCACCAAGUGUCCUGUCAUUGACACUUCAACUCACCUCUACAGGAAGACUGGCCUCAAGCUCUAUCCCUGAGAACAGAACAAAUACCUUGGGGUCCCCCACAUCCUCACCAGUGCACACUCAGCCCAGUGUGACCACAGAGGACACAACUCCUGGUCCCAGCCUACAACCCCGGUCCCUACUAAGCAGCAUCUACUUCAAGGUCCUGGUCUUUCUGGAGGUGCCCCUGCUCCUGAGCAUGCUCGGUGUGGUCCUCUGGGUAAACAGGCCUCAGCGGUGCUCUGGGGAGAAGCAGCAUUGUCCUGAUUAUGAUAGUCAGUGAGGGCUGUUGACAUCGAAGCCCUGUCCAUGUCCCUAGACAUAGCUCUUCUGAUGGCAGAGGACAACAAAUAAAUCUGUGU